AUGCCGGACGAGUACAAACGAAGCGGCGCCGCAUUAACCCGCAACGAGAUCUGCAUCCUCGUCCACGUCUACCGGUACAUCAUCGGCGUCGGACCCGCCCACGAACUCGCCAACGGCGGCGGCGGCGGCGGGCCCCAAAACAACAAUUCUGGCGCCUCCGAUUCCGAUUCCGAAAACAACACAACACCACCCCCACCCCCACCACCACACCGCGGCCGCGGCCGCCGCCGUAGCAGCAAUAGCGCCGCCGCACCCCCAAAACGAGAUCCGAAACGCAACCCCCGCCUGAUGCUAGCCCUCAUAACUGGGGUAGGAGCCUCAUCCGCGCAAAAGGCCAUCUCCCUCUACAAAUCGGGUCAAGCCCCCCGAGAAACCACCGAAAAGUUGGGUCGGCCGAAACUAUCUGUCCCCGAAAGGACUUCGAAUGCGAUUCGACAGAUUAUAGUGACGGCGGUGGAACAAGGAGCGCCGGUGGGGACUCCAGAGAUAAAGAGACGGUUGGUCGAAGAGUAUGGUUUGGAGUUUGCGAAAUCGACCUUGGUGAGGUAUAUUAAACAUUUGGGACAUGUUAGUGGAGAGGGUGGGAAGGUUUGGUAUCCGGGGAAUGAGCGGUAUCAGCCGGAGGGUGGUGCUGAGGAAGCUGGAGGUGCAGGAGGAAGAGGAGGGAGGAGAGGGAAAAGUCGGACAGGCGAGUUUAGAGGAAGGACGCCGGCAGUAGGAGCAGCAAGAGCAGCAGGAGCGCAGGCUGGUGAGGCAGAGCUGGAGUACCGGGAACAGGACGCAGAAGGACAGAAUGAUUACUAUGAAGGUCAAGAAGGCUACGAGGGGUAUGAAGGCCAGGAAGAGUACGACUACGAGGGCUAUGAAGGCCAUGAAGGGUACGAGGGCUAUGAAGGCUAUGAAGGAUACGAGGGUUACGAAGGCUACGAAGGCUACGAAGGUUACGAAGGUUAUGAGGACCAAGAAGGAUACGAGGGCCAAGAAGGAUAUGAAGGCUAUGAGGGCUACGAAGGAGAGGAAGGGUACGAGGGUUAUGAAGGCGAGGAGGGCUAUGAGGGCUACGAAGGAGAGAAUGGUGCACCGGAGGCACAAGACAUCGAACAACAACAACCCGACCAAGACGCCCAGGACCAACAACCCAGGGAGGCAGCAGUACAACAGCCUAAUCAGCAAUUCACUCACAUUGGCCGUACGCGGUCCAAUGGUCAACAUGCUCAAGAUCAGCACGACCAGACCACUCCCCAACCUGCGGAGGAUAUUCCGGAAGUGUUUUAUGAGGAUGAGGUCCAAGAUGCGUUGAUGGACGAGCUGGAGGGUGAGCUUCAGCGGGAAUUGGAGGAUCAGCGGUAUAGCCAUGAUCCCGAGUUUAUGGACGACGACACGCAAUUACCUGAACCAGAGCUUCCACCAGCACCAACACCUGUCGCCCACACCGCGCCAAGGAGUCAGGUAGAUUUCGAUCGACAGCAACAGGAAGAUGAUGACAAUCUUCCAGAUUUCCGGGACAACAAUGCUGCAUUCGAUGUUGCAAGGCGGUCAACUCGAUCUGUCACAGCUGCAGCGACGUUCACAAUCCCAACCGAUGCCCCGGUCACGGUACCGCAGAAGCGACGAAGUCUUCGCACACAUGUUGGGUUGGCCGCUCCACCACCACCAUCAGUGGAAGGAGGUCCUGGAAGUGGAUUUCCAGCUGCGUUGGUAUUCGGUGAGCACAGCCCUGAUCACCUGCAGGUCCAGGAUGCCAUUAUUCAACUGCAGGAGGAUGCUCGCCAUCGUCCGUGA